AUGCUGCCUUUUGGCGGGGCCAACCCGUCACCCAGCGCCGCCCCCGCCGCGGCAGCAGCGCCCCCGGCGCCGCCGGCCCUGAGCGACUCCGAGCAGCAGCAGCUGCUCGCGGCGCUGCGGCAGCCGCUGUUCCUGCAGACCCCGCUCCAAGGCCUGCUCGAGCACUUGGUACAGCGCCUGGGCGCGUCAGCCGCAGCCUCUUCGGAUCUGCAGCGCAGGGUGGCAUCGCUCGAGCGCACCCACGUGUCCGAGGCGGAGUUGCUUGAGCGCGUGCGCGAGCUCGAGCUGCGGCUCGAGGCGCCGGCUGCAGCGGCGACGCCGUUUGCAGUGGCGCAGCUCGCGGCGCGGGUGGGGCAGCUGGAGAAGUUGGCGGCGCGGCUGGAGGAGGACGGGAAGGUGGUCAAAUUUCAGGCGACUGAGGUGCUGGAGCGCCGUCUGGCGGGCGUGGAGGGGCGGCUGGCGGGCGUGAGCAACCUGGCCGGGCGGAUGAUGGCGCUCGACCAGGUGGCAGAGGAGCUGGGGGUGGAGGUGCCCAACACGCAGUGUGGCAGCCAGGAUUGCGCCGCCAACUUGGCGGCGCCGGGCAUCCGCGGCAGCUUCAAGGUGGUGGUGACAGGUGGAACAGCGUCGAGCCCUUCGGAUGGCUUUGCAGCGACGGAUGGCGCACAGGUGGCCCUGCAGCGCGCGGCAGCAAGCUUCCAGCAGCGGCCAGGGACCGCAGCCUCUCCGGCGGCAGCUGCAGGCGCCACCGGCAGCUGGCCGGACGCCGCAGCAGCCCUGCACGGGGGCUCGAACUGGCUGGGGUCAGGGCUGGAUCCAUCAGCGGCGGCGGCAGCCAUGGGCAAUCUGUUUAGCGGCGGCGUUGGCGCGAGCAGCAGGCGCGCAGGCGGCGCAGGGGCGGUGCCCAGCAAGACGCGGCAGGAGCUUGAUGAGCUGCGCCGUCAGCUGGACACGGCGCGGGCCGAGGGAGCGGCAGUCCAGGCGCUGGUGCAGCAGCUGCAGCACCAGGUGUCAUCCCUGUCCCAGGCCCUGGCGGAGUCAGAGGACCGCCAAAGCACGCAGGCCGCGGCGCUGCAGGACGCCUCGCAGUCCCUGGCAGAAUCCCUAGCAAUGCAGAUGUCUGCGGUGCGCAGGGAGGUGAACCGGCCGCCCGAGGUGUCGCUGGCCGAGUUCAGCAAGCUGCAGAGCUCCCUGGGGCGGGCGGCGGACGACGCCAGGGCCGCAACCCAAGGGGUGCACGCUGUGCAGGAGUCCGAGGCUGAGCUGCAGAGGACUCUGGCGGAGCUGCAGCUGCGAGUGGCGCGCGCGCUGGGCGUAAGGGAAUGCGACAAGGUGCUGAACGACGCGGUGGAGGAGCUCAGGGGGCAGCUGCGGGAGCUGGGGGCCCGCGUGGACGCGUCGCAGGCGGCGGCGCUCGCAGGGGAGGGCGUCGCCACGCAGUCGCAGCUACAGGAGCUGCUGGCCCUCAUGCGGGGCAAGGCCAGCAAGGAGGACAUCAGGGGCGCGCUCGCGCGCAGCGUGGAGCUGGCGCUGGACGCGUACCGCCGCGCGGCGGGCGAGGUGGCCGGCACGGGCGCCACACGCUUCAGGCGCGUGCUGCUGGAUUCUUAA